AUGAGCAACAAGGAAGACGAGGCCACAACUCGAAAAGCAGCAAAAGCUGUUGAAGAGAAAUAUGCAGAUGUCACACUACGCAUUAUCGAAGACCAUGGUGAUGAAUUCGGGCCCCUAAGUCCUGAGAAGGAGAAAACAUUGCGCCGAAAGUUGUAUUUCCAUAUUAUGGUUUUGCUUUCUGCGAUUAAUAUUGUACUGUUUAUCGACAAGUCUACGCUUGGUUACGCAGCAAUUCUCGGGCUUUUCGAGGAGACGGGCAUUUCCAAAAAGCAGUACAACGAUUUAAAUACUGUGUUCUAUAUCGGCUACCUUGCCGCGCAAUGGCCCGGACACUAUCUAAUGCAACGUCUACCCUUCGGAAAGUUUGUCAGUGUCAUCGUCUUUCUAUGGGCAGCUGUGAUCUUCCUUCAUUGCGUAGCCACUAAGUUCGCCGGCCUAGUAGUCCUCCGACUUGCCCUUGGUGCGGUGGAGGCGGUCAUUGUACCCGCGAUGGAAAUGACUAUCGGCAUGUUCUUCAACCGUCAGGAACAAUCAUUCCUCCAGCCAAUCCUCUGGGUAACUUGCCAAGGAGCCCCCAUCGUGGCAGGUUUCAUCGCAUACGGUUUACUCUACAGCCAUGGCGCAGUCCUUCCUUGGAAGCUUUUCAUGAUCGUCACCGGCGGAAUUACCUUUGUCCUUUCUAUCUGGGUUUGGUUCUGCUACCCGAGUAAUCCAGCCGAAGCUCGGUUCCUGACUUUAGAAGAGAAAGUGCAUGUUAUCCGCCGAGUGCACGACUCCAGCCAGAGCUCGAUCGAACAAAAGCGGUUCAAGAGGUCUCAGUUCGUCGAAACUCUGCGUGACCCUGUAUCCUGGCUCUUCGCACUGCAGGCUUUCACACUGAUGUACUCAAACAAUCUCACCUAUGGCCAACAGAAUCUUCUCACGACUUCUCUCGGCGUUUCCCAACUAGGUUCCACGCUCGUCGCUGUGGCAGGGGGUAGCUUCGGUGUCGUACUUUGUAUCGUCGCCACCUUCGUACUAAAAUGGGUUCCAAAAUAUCUGGCGGUCCAUGGGCUUUUCUGGUGUCUCCCUGCUAUCGCUGGCGGAAUCGGCAUGGUAGCGAUCCCCUGGGACAACAAACUCGCACUCUUAGCCUGUAUGCUUCUCGCAGGACAUACGUACGGUAUCACCUAUAUCAUCGCACUCGGCUGGACGACGUCUUCUGCAGCUGGAUAUACUAAGAAGCUCACACGCAACGUGAUGUUCAUGCUCGGCUACAGCGUCGGUAAUCUCGUAUCACCACAGAUCUGGGUACCCAGUGCCGCACCUAGAUACUACGGUGCAUGGGUAUCCAUGAUAGUGAUUAGUUGGGCAGGGACGCCCGCUAUCCUGUUUAUCAUCUGGUUUAUUCUAGCGCGGCGAAACGAGGAACGAAGAAAGUGGAUCGCGGAACUGAGUGACAGUGAGCGUGAGGAGGGCUGUGUGGAACAGUUGGAUGAGAAUGGGCAGAUCAUCCGAAGGAAAGUUGACCUUGCGAUGCUGGAUUGA